CGAGAGCAGUAUAGAUACCCUCUCGAGACCAGUAGCAGGGUUAUUCUCCUCGAUGGCUUACACACGUUGUUCACUCGUCUGCGCUCUCCUGAUCGCCGGUUUGGUUUCAGCGGCGCCCACUGGCUCGGAAUUAGAACAUUUGGAGCCCCAAUUGCCAAACGAAGAUGUGGUGAACAAUGAUGUUGCCCAAGUGAAGAGACAUAUUAGAUUGCAAGAGACUCCCACAGAAACUUCUGAAUGUAAUGAAGAACAUCCACCCCCUUUAUGCAACCUGAAAAAAACCCUGGAACCUAUUGCCGCAGAUGUCAAGAAUAUCAUUCGUGAAUUCUGCCCAAAAUGCACAGCAUCAAAGCGCGUCAUAUUGGAAAGGAUGAUGGAUACUAUAGUUCACACGUGCAACGAACAGGCCGCAGAAGAAGAACCCCAGGCUGAGGGACUUGCGAAAAGAGUGGCUGAUAAUGUGGCUGCUCUAAUCAUCCAGCACCAGCAGAGACACCAGGAAGAAAAUCCACUUCAAGGGGAGAACACCGAAAAACUCGUGGACCAACUUAUGGCCCGCAUUGCCGCUACCAAUAUUCCUUGCACUCGCGUUGCACGACAGGAUGAUUUAAUAUCCGAUUCUAGUGAUUCCAGUGAUCCUAGCGAUUCCAGUGAUCCCAGCGAUUCCAGUGAUCCCAGCGAUUCCAGUGAUCCCAGCGAUUCCAGCUCCUGCUCAUGCGACUCUUGCAGCUGCUCUUCCUGCUCAUGCGAUUCUUGCAGCUCAGAUUCCUGCUCUUGUGAUUCCUGCUCGUGCGAUUCUUGCAGCUCAGAUUCUUGCUCUUGUGAUUCAAGUAGCUCAGAUUCCUGCUGUUGUGACAGUUCAAGCUCCAGCUCUUGCAGCUGCUGUUCCAGUAGUUCUGACUCCUGCUCAUGCGACUCCUGCUCCUGCGAUUCUUCAUCCUCUAGUGAUAGUUGCUGCUGCUCAUCAUCUUCAAGCGAUAGCUGCUCAUCUUCGUCAAGCUGUUCCUGUGAUUCUUCAUCUUCGAGUGACAGCUGCUGCUGCUCCUCGUCUUCGAGUGACAGCUGCUCAUGCAGUUCAUCUUCAAGCGAUAGCUGCUCUUCAUCUUCAUCUAGCUGCUCUUGCUCUUCUUCCAGUGAUAGCUGCUCAUCCUCCUCCAGUGACAGCUGCUCCUGCUCAUCAUCUUCUAGUGAUAGCUGCUCAUCAUCUUCCUCGAGCUGUUCCUGCUCCUCGUCUUCGAGUGAAAGCUGCUCAUCUUCCUCGUCCAGCUGCUCCUGCUCCUCGUCUUCGAGUGACAGCUGCUCAUCUUCAUCGUCCAGUUGCUCCUGCUCCUCGUCUUCCAGUGACAGCUGCUCAUCUUCAUCCUCGAGCUGCUCGUGCUCAUCAUCUUCAAGUGACAGCUGCUCAUCUUCAUCCUCCAGUGAUAGCUGCUGCUGCUCAUCAUCUUCUAGCAGCAGUAGUUGCUCUAGCAGUAGCUCCUCGUGUUCCUGCGAUUCUAGUAGCUCCGAUGACUGUUCCAGCUCUUCAUCCUGCUCAUGCGAAUCUAGCAGCAGCGAAUGCUGCUCUGGAGAGAUUCACAAGGAAUGCAAGUGCUGGAAAAAGGUGUCGGUUGAGUGCCCAUCCAGCUCUGAGUGUAGCAGCAAUUCAGAUUCUAUCUCAUGCCACAGAUGCAGCGUGCGGACACAUCUUAUUCCGGUAUACCAAGAAGCUGAGCAAGCGUAUUACUAAUUUGAAGGUUUAUUUAAAAAUUUUUGCAAUCCUGACAUAAAUUAUUAGCCUAGUAACAACAAGUAAGAAAUAUACCAAGUUUCUCACAUCUCUUCAAUUAGGCAUCUCCUCAAAACUCGCACAUUCAUUUGUAUUGUUAAUAUAGAAUGAUAUAGAAUAUGCA